GCCGGCGGCGGGGGAGGAACUACUCUGAGGAGCCCCCGCUGGCUCCGAGCCCGUGAGCGGCGGACGCAGUGUCCGAGGGAUUAUUUUUCCUCCCCCCAGUGGUUAUUUUGGAUCGGGCUGCGGCGGCGGAAGGAGCGUGAAGGCAACGCUUCCGCUCAGUUUUCCUGCGAGGAGGAGCGGCGCGGCGCGGCGCGGAGCGGGUGGGGCCGCAGGCGCUCAACUUGGUCGCGGUCUCUGGGGCUGCUGUGCGCCCCCCCGUGACGCAGCCGCCUCCUGCCCCGGCUCGGCUCGGCCCCGUCCUGUCCCGUCCCCUGGCCGCGCUCAGCGCCUCCCCUCCCGCCGCUUCCUCCCCUCUCCGCCGCCGCUUCCCGUGGGGAGGAGGAGGAGGAGGCGCUGCUCGUCCGUCCGCCCGCCCCGCGCCGCCGUCUGCAGGAAUUUGCGCUGGUGCCGCCGCCGCGGCCGCCCGGGGAAGGGGCUGAAGGCGGCGGCGGGCGAUGAGCUGCGGCUGCGGUAGGACGGCGGAGCCGUGGAGCCCUUCGCAGGCGGGAGCCGGGGGCCGCCCCGCCGGGCCCCGCUGAAGCGGCCGGGAGCCGGGGCUGCCCGCGGGGCAGGGCGAGGAGAGCUCCGCCUCAGCCCCGCGCCGCUCGCCCGCGGCCGGCAGAUGUGGGGGGGGACGAUGGUGGGGUUUCUGGGGAGGUCCUGCUGCGCCCUGCCUGCGUCGCUGCUGCUGCUCCAGCUCCGGCUCGGAUCGCGGUGAGGAAAAAAAUGAGCGAAGAGACGGCCAACUCUAACCACGAUAAUAGUUAUGCACGAGUGCGAGCUGUGGUGAUGACCCGGGAUGACUCAAGUGGCGGAUGGUUACCACUUGGAGGGGGUGGACUGAGCUAUGUCACAGUCUUCAAAGUCAUUCACCAGGAAGAGAAUAGCUGUGCUGAUUUUCUUAUCCAUGGAGAACGACUCAGGGAUAAAACGGUGGUCUUGGAAUGUACAUUAAAGAAAGACCUCAUUUACAACAAAGUUACCCCAACUUUUCAUCACUGGAAGAUUGAUGACAAAAAGUUUGGCCUCACCUUUCAGAGUCCUGCUGAUGCAAGAGCAUUUGACAGGGGUAUUCGUAGGGCUGUAGAGGAUAUCUCUCAAGGUUGUCCACUAUCACAAAGUGAAGCUGAGGCAUCUGAAGAUAGCUAUCAAACAACUCAAGAAAAUACUUCCAGUUCCUUAACAAAAGAACAUCUUUUCCAACCUGAAACUGUAGUAACCAAUGAAUCUUACAAAAGUUCAAAUAUAAAGCCCUCAACAUUUGAAGAUUUAAACUCCAGAAGAUCCUAUUUUCCCAGUCAACCAAACCAGGUCCCAUUGAAGUCAAUCAGACACGUCAGUUUUCAGGAUGAGGAUGAAAUUGUUAGGAUAAACCCUCGUGAUAUUUUAAUACGUCGUUAUGCAGACUACAGACAUCCUGACAUGUGGAAAAAUGACCUGGAGAGGGAUGAUGCAGACUCAAAUAUACAGCUUUCUAAGUCAGACAAUAAAAAAUCUGAUUAUCUGUACCCAUGUGGGGAUGGGACUAAGUUGAAUUCACUAAAAGACUCAAAGAGUUCAGUGGUAUUUAAAACACAGCCUUCCUCAUUAAAAUUUAAAAACUCAAAAAGAAGGAAAGAGGAUGGUGAACGGUCACGCUGCAUAUACUGCCAGGAGAGGUUUAAUCAUGAAGAGAAUGGCAGGGGAAAAUGUCAAGAUGCUCCAGAUCCUAUUAAGAGAUGCAUCUACCAAGUUAGUUGCAUGCUUUGUGCAGAGAGCAUGCUGUAUCACUGCAUGUCAGACUCUGAAGGAGAUUUCUCUGACCCUUGCUCAUGUGACACUAGUGAUGACAAGUUCUGCUUACGAUGGUUAGCACUGGUAGCAUUGUCAUUCAUUGCACCAUGUAUGUGCUGCUACUUCCCCUUGAGAUCAUGCCAUCACUGUGGUGAGGUAUGUGGGUGCUGUGGAGGAAAGCAUAAAGCUGCUGGAUGAACCAGUCUAGUGACAAAUAGAGCUGAAAAUCUUUGUUUCCAGAAAACAUCUAACUUGGAUUUAUGGAAGCUUUUGGCAAGCAGAACGGCAUCUUGUCUCAUGUGAGAGAUGCUUAAUAUGGAAGAAGCAACAAGACUUGCCAGAUAUUGGCAUUUUACAAAUGCUAGCCAUGCCUUAAGAGCAUGGUGUUUCAUUGCAAGUUGUGAAGGUGUUUUGCAAAGGAAAGCCUUUUCUUAUUAUUGGCUAUAAAAUGAGUAUAUAAACUACAAUUAUACUAAAAGGGAUUAACUUUUGCCACUUUGUACAUUCAUGGUUUAGGUGAUGGGGCUCUUACAAAGGAUUAAAACUUUACGAGGAAUUAAACUAAAAGUGCACUAGUGACAGUUGAUUUAAGACUAAGAAAAGUUAAUACUUGGCAAAUGAGAGAAAUGAAACUGAUUUAAGUGCAACUAAAUCACUUAUUAAUAGUUUUUGGACGCAACUUUAUGUAUAAAUAACAAAUGUUUAUAUUUAACUAAAUGUGUAAGGUACGAAUUAUUACAUAUUACACUUUACUUCCCCCUCCCUAUUAUAUAGUAGGUAUGGACCAUAUCUACUGUCACAUUCCACAAUAGCAUUUUAAAUAUUUAAUUAGUUUAUUUAGGAGCAUUACUAUUCCAGAUGGACAAACAUGUUUCCAGUCCAAUUUCCCUUCAAUUGCAGUUCGUGUUGAGUUGUAUCCAUACGUUCUGGUAAUCUAAAAACCUUUGAAAUAGUAAUUAUUAUAGUCUUAAGUGACCAAUAUUUUUAAGCACAGAUGUAAUUGUCUAAAAUGUUCUCAUAAGAACGUAACAUGUAUUUUUUUUAUAUAUAAAAGUCUUCGGUUUCAACAUUAUAGCAAAAAAGGAAGUUUUCUGUUGCUCAACCAGCAAGUUGUUUUCUUUUUGGGGUGUCCUCCAAAAUAUUUUAUUGCAUUUACAAAUGUUUAGCAAAGCAAAAGGUUCAAUAAGGCAGUUGUAAUCCGAUGUCAUCAGCAUUCUCAGUUUAUCCUUCUGUUAAACUAGGAUCAUGUUCAGCUGUUCAUAAGUGCUGUGAUUAAACUAAAAGAUUAAUAAUAAUACUGAAAUCAUUUUCCUUAUUUUGAAUUGAAACAUCUCUUUAUUUGAACUGGCAAAAAAAAAAUUGGUGCGGAAAAAUGCCUUUGCUUGAUAAAAUAAAUUGCAGCUCAAGAAAAAUUGGAGUGAGCUUUUUUUAUGAAUGAAAUUGAUGGGGAAGAAAUGGAGGAGAGGGUGGGGGAUGGAGAAGAAUGUUUAAUGUAUUUGAAUUAUCCAUAACGUGUGCUAUGGUGUUGUAUUAUUGAAUGUUUAAUUUACAAUAUAAUUGGCUAAGUAUUAACAGAUUAACCCUUAGAGAAUUUUUUAACAAAUUGUCAUGACUAUUACUGUGGUACAGCAAAUACAUGUAUACAUUUUAAUUAUACUUGUGUUAAGACUCUAGUAAGAGUAAAGGCAUUCAUUCAUUUAGGAAGGUACCUAUAUGGGGCUGGAGUAGAAAAGAAUGUCCUUAAUAUACUCUUGCUACAAAAAACAUUGUAUGUUUAGUUUUAAAAGACCAGUUUUGUUUUGUUUUUCCUCUUUCUUUUUUGCUGCCUUGUAUCUAAUUUUUCUUUCUACAUAGAUUAGAUUUUGUUAAUUCACCUUUGUAGCCCAGGAAUUAAAUUCCAAACAAAUGUAUAUAACACUAUCUGUCUGUAAAAUACUUUUUUAAAGAAAGCAUUUAUAUUUAUAUGACAGCCUGAACUGACCACAUUGUACAUAGAUCAUCUUGAAAUAUUAUUUCACAUUGAAAAGAAGACAAAUAUAUUAAUAACUAUAGAAGUUAUGAAAGAGCUUCUAGUUUUGUACUAAAAUGGAUUGGAUUAACUAAGUCCAAGAACAUGACACUGUAGCAGCAGUCUUAAGUCUUGUUUUUACUGUUUAUAUAUUUGAAAGCUGCUACACUGGAUGAUUUUCAUGCUUCACACAUUUUCAGCUAAACUUGGUUGCCUAGAAUAGACUGUUAACUUUAAAAACUACUUUUCAUUGAUGAAAUGGGAAUGGUUUUCUUGUGAAUAAAAUGUAAUAUUUGUAAGUGCGAGGUUUGUAACUCCCAAUUGAGCGAGGUCUGAACAACCUAAGAAAAGAACUUGCUGGCUGUACAGGACAAUCCUGUAGAAUUGUAUUGUGUAUAUACUUCAGGAAGAAACGAGUUUAACAAUUUCCUCUGAGCACUAUUCCACAUAGUGCAACUCCCAGUCCUGUACUGUAUUUUAUAUGCAACGUAUAUGCUUUAAUAUUUUUACUGAACGUUUGCAUUAAUAUUUUCAAUUUGCAUUUAACCACUUUGCUGCUAAAUUUUUGUCUCCAUCUUUUCCUUUACUCUUUUUUAAAGAUUUCAUUUGGCCUAAUUAUAAAAAAAAAAGUGAAUAUGGCUGUUGUUAGCCAUCUUCCACAUAGGUCUUUCUAGCUGUAUACCCAAUUCAAGACUAAUUAAAAGAACUGCAAUGAUAAGACAGUGAUGCAAAGGUUGCGUAUAGUAGAGCACAUAUGUAUAUGCCUUUCUCUGCCAUUUGGAUUCUUAUUUUCUUUGGGAGGCAUGCUCUGAGUAGCCAAAAAGGAUAUCAUGGAGCGAGCCAUUCUGGAACUCUUGCAUCCUAUCUUUGAACUAGUUAGUCUGCAAGGUGUCACCCCUUCCUGCCUUCUGUUUUAUGACAGUUAAACACCUUUACCUUGCUCUCUCCUGAAAUCCUUUUUCAUAUUUUCUGGAAGGGAAAAGGUAACUAUUUUUUUCUAAAGUUAAUUCUAGUUUCAGUCAAACACAGUACAUGAGCUUUGUGGUGCCAUGUGGCAGGCUUCUGUUUUAAAAAAACCAACAUCAAAUGUUUCAUUCCCGGGUUUGGUGAGGGCUGUAGUUAGAAAAUUAAAAGUCCCUAAGGGGAAAGAGGUCAACUUUAGCACUUGAGCACCAUCUACUGGAAAAACUGGAGACAACCAUGAUUCAGAUGUAAUCUUUAAUAUAAAUAGACCAGUCAUUUAUUGUAUUUGGCUGGCAGUUAGUGUGGCAUUUCAGCUACAAGAAGAUACUAAGUCUAACGUAUAAAUUUAAUAAUAAAAAAUGAGAAUAAGAACCGUAAUGUCAUUCCUGAGACCUUAUUAUGCUUUUUUAAAUCUUUCAGUAUAUAUGACUUCAAAAUACUAAUGCUCAUGCAAUAACAGAAAUUUGGACCAUAGAUUUUUCUGUUAAGAAUAAACUAGAAAGAUUGUCAUGACCUGUAGAAGAUCAAAGUAGACAUCAUGCCAGAAGAAAGUGUUCUUUUAAUGUUCUGCCACUGGGCCUUAAGAAUGAUGUGUCUGAGGCAGAAUGGUGGUACAAACACUUCUGACUAGUUUUUUAAAAUAAAUUUGAAUACACACUCACACUCCAAUACUCAUGAAAGGUGGACCUGCAGAGUUCAAAGCAAGAUUUUAAAAAUGUACUAAGAAUAACCUUUACUUACUAUGGUAAUCAUUUACUGAAUAGAAUAGUUAAACAGCUAAAUACAAUUUUAAAAAGUUUCCAGAGCACAAGUGAGAGGCUCAAAUCAUGCACUUUCCUCUGGACAAAGCAAGAGACUUUGGAAAAUUAAUACAUUUUGCAUGUUGCAAUGUAGUACUGAUUCCAACGUGUUCUCUUCUAGAUGAUCUUUCCAUGUGUACCUGGAGGAUAAUGUUAAACUCCCAUGUAAAUAACACACAAGUUUUAAAUUGGACUUUAAGUUUUCAUAGAACUUAUACAAGUUCUUACAAAAGUUGUAUAUGGACAAUACAGUGAUGCAUAGAAAUUAAUAAAAGGAAGUUCAAGAUGGUAGUUGGCCAUCAUAUAUAAAAUAAAAAAGCAAAGCCUUAUGGUACUGUUAGUCCAGCAGCCAGGUGGUUAAAACUUCCAUAUGCUUUGGUGCACUGAUAAAUGUUAAGCAUUUUUCUGAAAGCGUCUUUAAUAGAAAAAGUUGUGCUUAGUUUCAAGAAUUCUAAAACAUCUAGUGGAGAAACCUUUGUAUUUGAAGCUGCAGUAUAAUCUGUACAUAGAUUUUUUGCUUGUGAACACUGCUUCUUCUUUUCCUUGGUGCCAUUUGCUUUCCACCCUAAUGACCUCAAAGUGCCUCACUUGUAUAUUAUUUCCAUUAAAAUCUUAACUGCUAUUUCUUUCUACUAAAUUAUGUAUAAUUUAGUUUAAUUCAUGCCAUAGAUGUUUUUCUUUGUAUAAGAAUAUAGCUUGUUACUUUUGAGUAUAUAAUGUAAAUAUGCCUAUAAGUUUGUAACUGUUUUGUUACAUCAUACCCUUGUAAGUUGACAUAUCAGAUAAUAUCAUAAAACAGUUUGUUUCAAUGUUUUCCUGCAAUUACCUGAUUAAAAUUAUCAUAAAAUUAAA